AUGCUCUCAUACCUCCGUCCCAGUGCUGAAGCAGCCCUACGCGGGUGCUCAGGACCGUCAGUGGCACGCUGGGCGUGUGCUUUCCCUGCAUCUCGCGCGUUCUCGGCGUCGGCAGCUCGCGCAGAGGAGGCCGUCAAGCUCGGUGCACCUGCAAUGUACAUUUCAAACUCGACUGACCCAUGGUUCAACCUCAGCUACGAGGACUGGCUACUGCGUAACACGCCCGUCAACCAGCCCAUCCUCUUUACGUACCGCAACGUUCCCUGUGUGGUCAUCGGCCGCAACCAGAACCCAUGGAAGGAGACCAGCCCGCGGUCAUUGCGGGACAUGGACCUGCCUCUGGUCAGGAGACGGUCUGGCGGCGGUACCGACCUCGGCAACACCAACUUCUCCAUCAUCCUGCCCCGGCUCUUGUUCACGCGCUCCGGCGGCGCCCAGCUCGUGGCCAAGGCUAUCCGCGACCGCCUCUCCGUGCCCAGCUGUACGGUCAAUGACCGCAACGACGUGGUCAUCCGGGACCCGGAGCCGGAGCUCAAGGCAGGUCGCCGUUUCUUAUCUCACUUCAACUGA